AUGGGCAACAAUCACACCACCCUGGACGACAUCCUGGCUGAGGACAUGCACCACUGGUACAACAAGUUCAUGAGGGAGUCUCCAUCGGGCCUGAUCACGCUGUUUGAGCUGAAGUCCAUCCUCGGGCUGCAGGGAAUGCCUGAGGAUGCUAAUGCUUAUGUGGACCAGGUCUUCCACACGUUUGACAUGGAUGGGGAUGGAUACAUAAACUUUGUGGAAUACAUCGCUGCAAUCAGUCUGAUGCUUAAAGGUGAAAUCAACCAGAAAUUAAAGUGGUAUUUUAAACUGUUUGACCAGGACGGCAAUGGAAAAAUUGACAAAGAAGAACUGGAGACGAUAUUCACGGCCAUACAGGACAUCACGCAAAAUCGCAGCAUUGUACCAGAAGAAAUAGUAGCACUUAUCUUCGAAAAAAUUGAUGUCAGUGGAGAAGGUGAAUUAACACUUGAAGAAUUCAUUGAAGGAGCCAGAGGGCACCCAGACAUAAUGGAGAUGCUGAAGAAAAUAAUGGACCUGACUCCAGUGCUAGAGAUUAUUGUUGAAGGGCGACAGAAACCAGACAACUGUGAACAAGGCCAGACAAGCACUUAAGUUCAAUUUAAUCCUGGACACACAGCAGCUCAGUAACACUUUAAACCUCUCUGACAGCACAAUGCAGUACAGUACAGAAAUGGUACCGACACACCAGAAACAUGAUGGUAAUGUUUUCAGCAAUCUACUUUGUAUCAAACAAUGAUUCUAAGAACAGUAAAAACUAAAUCAUGUGUAAUAACAAAAUGACAAAACCUAGAACAUUCAAUUAAUAACAUGAAUUAUUAACUGCCAAUGACAACAAAGCACAAAUAGUUUAUUUAUUUAUUUAUUUUUUACUUUUGCGUCAGAAGUGAAUGACUUUAUUUACAUGCGCAUCAAAUUCCAUUUAAGGUCUAUAGCCGGGUUGCAGCCAUAUUCUGAAUACGACGUUUAUAUGCGUACAGGCAUCAGAAUAUUCCUGUGUACAUGGUUGUUGUAAGUAUGCCGAUCUACACAUGCACUUUUCUUUUUCCGCUGUUAUUUCUCGGGAGAUUCAAGAUGCUGCCGUUGCUACCCACUGUACCAUGCGGAUUGAGCAUGCGCAUAUAUCUCUUUUCAGUGGAUUUUCGGAAUAUGGUGUUUACAUCCAACAAAGUUCCGAUUAAAACAUAUUCCAGGGGUUGGGAAGGGUUAGGGCUAGGCUUAGUGCCACAUUGAAACGCAAUCACACUGAAGUCCAUUCACAGCCCUAAGCCAUAUGUGGAGCGUGUGGAGGGACCUCAAAACAUUUUCAUAUGAAGUAAUGCUACUUAGUUUCUUAUUUGUUUCAUCAUUCCUACUGCAUUGAACACUUAAUCAUCAAGACUUUCAGACUCAUUACUAUGGUACCUGUCAAAGGGUGGGAUAUAUUAGGCAGUGGGUGUAACACAUAACAAAAUAUGAGGCACGAUUAGAGUUUAAAUCAAACUUACUUACGAAUACAUAUAUGAAACACUUGCAUACACAUAUGUAAAUUACUCAUACGUACAUGUGUACUAUGGAAUCCUCAAACAAAUUCAUGUGAAUUGCUUGCACACACCAACAUUACACUCAUGCGUACAAAUUAGACAUAUACAUAUACGCUUAUAAAACACUCACGCAUACAUAUACUCUACAUGCACACAUACUAAUGCAAAGAAGGCAGACGGUGUGUGGGUGUAUGUUAGAAAAUCUCCCAGUAUUCUCACAGAGUUUCACUUUGCAGUGUAUUUUUGUAGGUUAGAUAGGUUUUGAAAGUAACAUGAAUGUAAAGUAAUUAGUAAUACUGAUUACAUUACAUUUUAUAUGUAGUAAUCAGAUUACAAUUUUAAAGUAGUAAUUAGUAAUCUGUAGUGGAUUACUUUUUUGAGUAAUUUACCAAACACUGGGCAGUAAGUCAACAGUCAGUUCUCAAAGUUGAUGUGUUGGAAGCAGAAAAAAUGGGCAAGUGUAAGGAUCUGAGCCAGUUUGACAAGGACCAAAUUGUGAUGGCUAGACGACUGGGCAGAACAUCUCCAAAACAGCAGGACUUGUGGUCCAAGGAAGGAUGAUGGACGCCCAAGACUCACUGAUGCGAGUGGGGAGUGAAGGCUAAAACCAUCUGGUCCAAACCCACAGAGGAGAUACUGUAGCACAAACUGAUGAAAAAGUUCAUGCUUAUGAUAGAAAGGUGUCAGAACACACAGUGCAUCACAGCUGGCUGUGUAUGGGGCUGUGUAGUUACAGACCAAUCAGACUGCCCAUGCUGACCCCUGUCCUCAGCCGAAAGCACCUACAAUGGGCACAAGAGCAUCAAACCUGGACCAUGGAGCAAUGGAAGACGGUAGUCUGGUGUGAGGAAUCACUUCAUGUGGACGGCCGGGUGCGUGUGCGUCGCUUACCUUUGGAAGAGAUGGCAGCACGAUGCACUCUGGGAAGAAGGCAAACUGACAGAGGCAUUGUGAUACCCAGGGCAAUGUUCCUGCUGGGAAACCUUGUGUCCUGGAUUUCAUGUGGAUGUUACUUUGACAUGUACCACCUAUCUAAACACAGAGGUGGGUAGUAAUGCGCUACAUUUACUUCAUUAAAUUUACUUGAGCAACUUUUUUUUAUGUACUUUCAAGACUAAGUUUAACUGACCAGAUUUAUACUCUUACUCAAGUUCAUUUUUAAUCACAGAAAUGUACUUUCACUUUGCUACAUUCAGUGGCAUUCCUCCAUUACUGUUAAAUAUUAAUGAAUAUAUGUUGUUUUAAUAAUUACUUUAUAUCAAGUAUAAUGAGGUCGAGAGUCUCUCGUUACACUGAAGUGGUCUGCAACAACUGCUCACUUUUUUAGCAGCUUAGUCUUGGAAAGGGGGAAGAAGUGAACGUGUCGAAGGAGGCAGGACACACACGUGCGUGCACACACACACACACACACAUUCUAACACUUUCUCUUCUGUUCUGUUCCAUAUUCUGUUGUCUUGUUUAUAUACAGAUGCUGACAAGUUUGUGUUGUCAACAUGCUGUGAAAAUAAAGAACGUCAACCGUUGAGAAAAUGUUUGGUUUUUGGGGUGUGUGUGUGAGAGAUCUGGUGUUGAAAAUUACUGGUUCUGUGGUAUUGUACCCAUCACAGGACUGGGAUAUCCUGCUUCAUCUUGAAUCCAGGUUUUAUAUCAUAUAAACAGGACAGACAGACUUUCUAGGAGAGGUGUGACUUACAGUUCUCCAUGUAGUCUGAGAUUCAGGACUUUCCCUUCAUUUUAAUCUGAUUUAACGUAACUACUAUCUAUCUUGCUACUUGAGUCAUCUCCUCCUUGGAUACUUUAUUACUCUUACUCAAGUAAGAAUUAACAUUAUUCAUUUUACUGUUACUUGAGUAAUUAUUUUUAUAAGUAAUUUUACUAGUACUUGAGUAAAAUGUUUGGCUAUCUACCAACCUCUACCUAAACAUUGUUGCAACGGUAUUCCCUAAUGGCAGUGGCCUCUUUCAGCAGCAUAAUGUGCACUGCCAAACGUUGCAACUUAUAGAAUUUAAGGAUCUGCUGCUAACGUCUUGGUACCAGAUACCACAGCACACCUUCAAAAGGUCUUGUGUUGACAGGUCAGAGCUGUUUUGGUGUCAAAAGGGGGACCUACACAAUAUUAGGCAGGUGGUUUUAAUGUUAUGGCUGGUUUGUAUGGUGGUGUGAUUAAUUAAUAGUUCAAACUUGAAUUAAUGAAAUAAAUGACAUUUACAUUACAUUUGUAGAAUUGUAAAAAUGAUCAGAUACAAAUAACUUUUUUUUUUUUCAAUAUGUUUUAUGACCACAUUCGAUCACAAAUAAGGGCUUUUCAACUGUAAUUGCUGAUGACAUUAUAAUACACGUAUAUAUUUUAUUUUCAUUCUGUAAACACUGAGCGUUAAUCAGAAAUCAUUUUUGUGUACUCUUUGCAAAUCAAGUGAAG